AGAGGAGGAACCGUUGUGACGUUUGUACGUCAGGAGAAAAAUGACUGAACAGAGAUGUGAUUGUUCUGUCCUACCUUCGACAGCCUUGAACACUUUGCUCGUAUCAACGAGUUAACGGCGAGAGUGGGGAGUGGAGUUAUCCAAGAAACGGAAUGUCGCUGCAUACAGAAACAAUCGGUUAUUCAGUUAAUUUCUUCAUUUGUCGGACGACGCUAAAAGGCUAGUCAGCUGAUCAAAUUUAGCUAGUGUGUAGGUUAUUUGACAGCUUCGUUUAACCGUAUUUCGGCUGUUUGUUACAUGACUACCCACACAUUUAUCAUAAAGAUACACACCAGGUGUGAAGCAACACGCUAAAGGUUUUUAUCCCUCGGCGGUUGGGACAGCCACGUCAGCUAUCUCUCCGUCUUGUUACCCUGUGAGCACUUUAGUCCUUUAGUCGUGUUCUUGUUUCUUGCAAACAAACCCCAGAGUUUCCUCCUACAGUCAUGGCUCCGAUGGGAAUUCGGCUGUCACCGCUUGGUGUGGCGGUGUUCUGCCUGCUUGGAGUUGGUGUCAUCUACCACUUGUAUGCCGGGGUCUUCUCCAGCCAUCUGGCUGCCUUAAGACAGAGGAGAAGGGUGGAUCUGAGAGACCUUCUGGCUGUCUCAGUGGAGGCUGCAGUGUUGGGUGGUAAAGAGGUGAAGCAGGUGCGUAAAGAGAAUAGUCUGAAGGAAAAGUCAAAGGGAAAGACAAGGGAAGGAGCCAGCGAGCUUCUGACCAUGGGUGACCUGCAGUCUCAUCGAAAGAUGUUUAAUCUGCUAAAGAACACAUUCCCAGAUAUCACAAUUAACAGUGAGGAACAUGACAAUAAACUGGAUGCAGUAGCCUGGAGCCGGGACAUUCCAGCAGACAUUUUAGAGAAGAUCGGGAGGGGAAAGGAGGUCCCUGCUGAGAGCAUCACUGUGUGGAUCGAUCCUCUAGAUGCUACUCAAGAGUAUACAGAGAACUUGGUGAAAUAUGUCACCACGAUGGUGUGUGUAGCUGUAGAUGGUAAACCAAUCAUUGGGGUCAUACAUCAGCCAUUUACAGGGUUCACUGCCUGGGCGUUUGUAGGUCAAGGAUCGAAUGUGCGACCCCGUUCGUCCUACAGUGUCAGCCCUCCCAAAGUGGUUGUGUCACGCUCUCACUCUGGAAAAGUUAAGAAUUUUAUUCUUGAUGCUUUUGGAAACGGCACAACAGUAAUCGAAGCAGGGGGAGCUGGAUACAAAGUACUGUCGCUGUUGGAGAUACCUUCAAGUGAUGGAAGCACUAUGGACCAAGCAGAUGUUUACGUCCACAUCACCUUUAUCAAAAAAUGGGACAUCUGCGCAGGUGCAGCAGUACUGAAUGCACUGGGAGGCAACAUGACCACUCUGAAGGGAGAGGAUAUUGAUUACAGUGGAACUCCACUAAACAACAAAGGGCUGGUAGCCAGCGUUGGUGUGAAUCACAAGGCUCUACUAGAGAAACUACCAAACUGGGACCCUGAGAAGCACUGAAAGACACAAACACAGAGCCACUGGAAGCUGAGUCAUGUGGUAAGGGUGACACUUGGCAGCCAUUCACUGUAACCAAGAUAUAGCUAUAAACAUUACCAAGCCUGCAUGGUUACAUUUUUGUUGAACACCGAACAUCAACUGGUCACCUGGAUUGGAGCCACAGAAAGCUCCAUGGGCCACUGAGCCAGACUGUGGAGCUAACAGGACCAGCACAAUGGCUCUGAAUGCACACUCCUCUUCAUGCAUACAUCUUUCAGCUUGAAGAAAUGGUACGUCCUCCACUCCUUGGCCACUCAUGCAAAAACACAUGCUCAGUGAACAGCGGACAUCAAUGAUUUGAGUUCCCUCGUUUCACCUGCAAAAGACAAUAAGUGGACUGUAAUGGGAAAUAUUAAACAGAGGAGCGCAAAAACUCCAGUCCCAGCAUCUUAAGCCUCCAUCUCCAUCACAUGGUCUUCCACAAAAACACAAAAUUAAGGCACAGACUGACCUGAUUUGGUCAACAUAGAAAUGAGCUUUUCAUAGAUCUUGCAUCAAGCACCUACCACAAGGCUGGGCUCAGUUACUGGCCACUCAGAGGUCAUAGUAUGUUUUAUUUUAGCUAGAGAGAAACUUGGAUUCUGACCAGAAAAGGCCUUUUUUCUGACCUGUAAAUGCAUAAAGCACAAAACUACUAAAAGAAAAUAAGCGGCAAAGUAGAAGGAGUAUUGCAGGUCUGGCACUGAGGUACGGGCCUUGACGGAAGAUGAGGCCAUGUCUGUAUUGAACCUUAACACAGAAUUGACCUUUAAUUAACCAGAAUAACCUAAACAUGAAGGAAGGGGAGGUUCUGUGGAACCAGACCAUAGUCUGGGCAGCAGCGUGGUUUGAGUGUAACAAGAUCAUCAUGUAUGUACAGUUUCAUUCAUGACUUUACAGCUUACCAUCCGAACCAUUUGUGUUUCCCUGUUGUCCCAACACAGAGAACUUAAUGGGGUAUUUUUUAUCUGAUUCCUUGGGAAAUCCCAUGUUUAAGACUGAUUAAGAAGUCUUUCAAAUGUAUUGUGCACAUUCAUAAUUGGAAAAUACUGGACUGCACAUUGUUGACGUGUACUUGCAUGGUUUGGAAUUCAGAUUAACCUUUGAGCAUCUAAAAUGUCAUCCUAAUGAAAAUCUCAUUGGCUUGAUGAACCUUUGUUUCCACUGACUACUUCCUUUGUUUAUUGUGUCUGCAAUAACUGAGUCAGUCUGUCUGAACUUCUAAGUCAGUGAAGUUGAGCUUUACUUUCGCAGUGAAACUAUUAAGUUGUACAAAAAAACAGCAAAGAGUUCAUGUCAGUGUCUUCAGGAAGAUGCACAUGCAAAUGUCAGUUUGUCUCAGCACCCUGUGGUGUUAACACGACUUGGAUGAAAAUAGUGUCAAGAUUAAAACAUAAAUAUUGGAACAACUUUUCUGCCACUGACUAAAGAUGCUUGCAGGCUGAAGGAAUAAACUUGAGUUGAUGGUGUCGACACUGAAAUGCUGUUAAAGCUGGAGCUAUUAUCGGGUCCUCAUACUAAAUUUCAGUUUCAUGAUUCGAGUGCCUUUAAUCUGAAAAAAAUAUUUUAAAUUCACGUUUCUAUGGUAAUAAUGGUCAAUAUGACAAUGACAGAGAUUUAUCUGUACCAAAUGUAAAUAAUGAAAAAGGUACUCCGCUGUCUCUCCUGCUUAUAUGCUUAAACUUUAAGGGCAGACAGAGUCUAAUGUGUGGUGUCUGGAAAUACAAAUUUAUACGUGAAAAAUGUUCUUUAAAUCUUGUAGUGUUCAGAUCAAACUGAGACACAAGAUUGAAAAUGUAUUUUUUAAAAAAUAAAAAGGUUUGUGGAAUUAGAAGUGGGCUAACCAGACCUCUAUUGUCUGCUCCUCAUCUGCCAGGAAGUUGAAAUAAGAAGUUGGUUACGUCGGUGUAGCACUCUUCGAACGAUAAGAUGCAAAUGAAUGAGGUCCUGACUAGUUGUAACCACAGGUAGGACAAAAGGGCACCAUGUUCUGUUCAGUUCUGAGCAGUUAGCAUCAGGGUGGAGCCAUCAUGGCUAAUUCACCAAGCUGCUUUGACCUGCCCUUUUGUAGAUGUUUUUUAUGAAGUUACAGUAAUCAGGGAUGGGUGGUUUAUGAUGGCAGUGAGAAUGUAUACUGUUAGCAAUGACUCAAACAGAAUCCUGCCAGACGUAAUUAAAGGAGCUGUUUUUUUAAAUUUGUUGAUUAGUCAGUCAGCAUUCAUCUGCUAUCGGCUUCAGAUGAAUGUUUAGCAGUGGUCAUAUCACUGGCUAGCUGUUUAUAAUACGAAUGUCAUGUUGGCCAUUUAAGCACCUUGUUGAUAGUUUGUAGUCGUGUCUGUCUCUACCUCUCAAGCAAGGUUUAACUUGUUCUCCUUUCAGCCAUCUGAUUCACAUUUUUAUUGAAACAA